UGGAUCCCUGUCACCAAGCUUGGGCGCCUGGUCAAGGACAUGAAGAUCAAGUCUCUUGAGGAGAUCUACCUCUUCUCGCUCCCUAUCAAGGAGUCGGAGAUCAUCGAUUUCUUCCUGGGGUCAUCUCUGAAAGAUGAGGUUCUGAAGAUCAUGCCUGUCCAGAAGCAGACUCGUGCUGGUCAGCGUACCAGGUUUAAGGCUUUUGUCGCCAUCGGGGACUACAACGGCCACGUUGGUCUUGGUGUUAAGUGCUCUAAAGAAGUUGCCACUGCUAUUCGCGGGGCGAUCAUUUUGGCUAAAUUAUCCAUCGUACCCGUACGACGAGGCUACUGGGGGAACAAGAUCGGCAAGCCCCACACCGUGCCAUGCAAGGUCACUGGCCGCUGCGGGUCUGUCCUGGUGCGUCUGAUCCCGGCCCCCCGUGGCACGGGGAUCGUGUCCGCCCCCGUCCCCAAGAAGCUGCUGAUGAUGGCCGGUAUCGACGACUGCUACACCUCGGCCAGGGGCUGCACGGCCACGCUUGGCAACUUCGCCAAAGCCACCUUCGAUGCCAUCUCCAAGACCUACAGUUACCUGACCCCCGACCUCUGGAAGGAGACGGUGUUCACCAAGUCUCCCUACCAGGAGUUCACUGAUCAUCUGGCAAAGACCCACACCAGAGUCUCUGUGCAGAACCCACAGGCUGCUGCCGUGGCAACGACUUAAGCGGGUUUUGCACGGGACAAUAAAGUGCUCAGUGAAC